GGCUGCUUGUUUCCGCCCGGACCAAGUGAAAUAGGAGCCAAACAACCGUCACGUGAGCGAUCUCUGUGGCGGCACGUUUCUUCUCUGGCAUUGAUCUCGCUUUACCGUGUUCUUGUAGUCAGCUGUUUUUAACCCAGCCGGUCCAAAGCCGCACUGACGAAGCUAACGGGCUAACAGGCUAACGGGCUAACAGGCUAACGAGGUAACAAACGGCAUUUGAAUGUGACUUUUGAAGCAGACCGCAGCGCCCGUCCCUGCAGUCAUGCUCCUGGUGGACGCCGGUCUGUUCAUCGGCACUGUGGCCGACCUCAGUGAUAUCACGGCAUUGCACAACUCAGCCGUCACUCACAUCCUGUCCGUGGACUCUGAGAAGCCCGCCCCUCUGGGUCCUGCUGAUGGGGGCUUCCACAGGAAGUGGGUCAAUGUUCUGGAUGAGGUGACAUCUGACCUCCUGAGUCACAUGGACGACUGCUUCCUGUUCAUUCAGGAGGCUGUGGAUGGAGGCGGAGCUGCACUCGUUCACUGUCAGGCGGGUCGGAGCCGCAGUGCCACCAUCAUCACUGCUUAUCUAAUGAAAAGAUACCAGCUGGGCUUCAGCGAGGCUUACCACAGACUGAAGACCGCCAAACCGGACGUACAGGUCAACCGUGGUUUUGAGGAGCAGUUGUGUCUCUACGAGGUCCUGCUGUGGGAAGUGGACACCUCUGGUCCUCUGUACAAACAGUACAGACUGACCAAGCUCACGGAGAAGUACCCUGAGCUGCAGCACGUUCCCAGAGAGCUCUUUGCCGUCGACCCGGCCCACUGCAGCUCCUCAGAGGCGUCCUAUCGCUGCAGGAAGUGCAGACGAUCCCUGUUCCGUGGCUCCAGUAUCCUCAGUCACCCAGUAGGAGAAGGAGCGCCUGCCUUUGGCCACAGGAAGUCCGGUAGCAGCAGCAGCGGAGGAGACGUCCGGUGCACGUCCUAUUUCAUCGAACCUGUGCAGUGGAUGGAAGCGUCUUUACUCGGAGUGAUGGCGGGACAGCUGCUGUGUCCGAAGUGUCGCUCUAAGCUGGGCUCGUUCAGCUGGUGUGGUGACCGGUGUUCGUGUGGCUGCUGGGUCACUCCCGCCUUCCAGCUGCACCGCAACCGAGUGGACGAGAUCCGACAGCUCAACACGCAGACGUGACAGUUUCAGUGCAACAACAACUAUCUUAUCCUGUUAUCUGAUGAGUGGCCACAAAUAAAUGCAUCUUUUAAUCCUGCAGCUACAUGGAUGUUGUUGGUAAACGUUCAAUGACUGGUGCACGUCCUAUUCCAACCUUCCCAAAGGAGACUUUUAUACCAUGCUUAAUAUUUGACUGGACAAGGAUCCCUUGGGAAGUCUAACUGUUUAAAUGUGAAAAGUAGUGCAGCAACAUGUACAGAAAUGACAAAUAAAAACACAUACUUGUAUGAGAAAAA